CAGCAUUAGGAAGUUGAGCAUCUGAAAACUGCUGAGACACAGCUACAUGCUAACCACUUAAAUUCCUGUGUGUGUUUCUUCAUUGCAAAGGGAAGUGCAGCUUGAAAUGAUGAGUCUCUUCGCAAGAUAUUUUCAUCUGAAAGAAUUUUAGAAGCUAUAAAUACACAACAACACACAAGACAACAACAUAUCAGGAUGGCAGAUGAGGUCCAGUAUGCGUCAGUGACUUUCUUAAAGAAAAACCAGCAGGCAAGACCUUGCAAGGAUGCAGCAGAAACAGAAGAUGUCACAUACACCAAAAUAAAAAAAGAAAUGAUUCUGGAAUCCACACAGAAAGUAGAACAAACAGCAGAUCCAGCAGAAGAGAGGACUUACGAUGUAAUAAAUAAUCUGAAAAACCUGCAAACAGAAAAAAUAGAGCCUCCUGCCAGAGUUGUUUAUAAAGCCUUCCUGUUCAAACUGCUGCUGCUUCUUUGUGCUUUGUUGAUAGCCAUCAUCAUCUUCAUGGUUGUUUACCAUCUGCACUUCUUAAACCACUGUUGCACAGACCUGAAGGCCCAGUAUUCAGAUUUCAAUAAGAGCUACUCUGAGCUGCACUCCUCGUGUACAGAGAUUAACCAGACGAAUGCUAAAUUGUCUUCAAGAUUUGCUGCCCUUACUAAACAGUGCUCUUCAAAUAAUGCAUUACCUCAGGAUGAAAACUGUUUAUUGUGUGCAAAUGGAUGGCAUCUGUUCAAAUCCAAGUGCUACUUCUUCUCUAAUGAUAAAAGAAACUGGACUUUCAGCCGUAAUGAGUGCAUAUCCAAAGGAGGACAUUUGGUAAUUACAGAGUCGAAGGAGGAGCAGACAUUUUUAGACUCAAAAAUCAAACGUGAAGAACAAUACUGGAUUGGAUUAAGUUAUCAGAAGAAGGAAAAUGAGUUUCGAUGGGAGAACAACAUGAAUAUCACCACAAUACAGUUCUGGGGCAAAGAUCAGCCAAAUAAAUGGAAUGGAAACUCAGCUUCAGAAGAAUGUGUGCUGUUAAUGACAGAUAAAGAUGGCAUCAGGUGGCAUGACUUCCCCUGUGAGAAUACAGAACAAAUGAUUUGUGAAACAGCAGCAGUCCAACUCCAUUUCUAAAGUUUGCCAGCAGGGUUUUCAUCUUCAUCCAUAACUCAAGAUACUGACUAUACAAAAUGUUUAGACAAAAAAAGGCAAUGCAUGUUACAGAAGCCACAAACUAAUAGAAGCUAAUAAAUUGAAACCUGAAGAUGUGACUCGAUCAAUUCAGAUCUGUUCAGAAGAGAUGAUUGUGUUUCAUAACAUUUACAUUGGAACACAAAACAACAAGAAGAGAUUUGACAAGAACAGACUAUUCACCACAACAAAUCCCAUCCUUAUUUAUCUCAUUUUUCAGAAAUACCAAAUCAAGAUUUAAAUGUACUUGUAUCUUAAUGAAACAUUUUCCAUAUAUCCAUUAUUGUUUGAGUGAUAA